AUGGGUUUAAAUCAUGGUCCAAACACUACCACCACAACUACUACUACGACGACUACGACUUGCAGCUCCAGCACAAAAGUAGCUUCUUCUUCAACCUCUUCUUCAUCAGUAACAAUAUCGCAACAAACAUCUUCACAACAAACUAUAAAAGACCAUCCCGAUGAGAAUUUGACUUUACUUUUUACCAAUCGAGGCUUGAAUUCUUAUAUUGAUAAGGAUAAGUGCCUUUUAUGUAGCUGUGAGAGACAGGAUUCCUCCUCACAAGCUUCUUGGGUCAAGUCAGAUGUAGUAAAGAAUACAAUGCACCCACAAGAAGUUGCUUGCUUUUCAAAGGAAUGCUUAAAUGCAGCAUCUUCACCAAUAUUAAGAGAAAUUAAUUCUGCAAGUACAGAGUUGAGCACCAAUGGACUGGUUUGUUCCUGUGUAUCAUGUCUUGAAAGGAGGCAGAAAGAAGAGGAGCAUCGUAAGGAAACUUUAGAUCUGCAAAAAAGCUGGUCUGAAGUACGGAAAGCUGUUAGAAGUCAUUACAGUGAGUCAUUGAAAGAUUCAAAUAAUUCAUCUGAAAAUUCAUCAGCUUAUGACAUGCAAGUGAAAGAGAACAUUCACAGACUUUGUACAAGAGAUCCACAUCAAUUGUUUAUGCGAUUAGAAUCUCAAGCUAAAGAAUUUGUGAUAGAAAAAAGAAAGAAGUUAUUAGACCAAUUAGACAUUGGCUAUACAUGCCCCAAUGAAGCAAGAGAUUUUGUUUUCCUCCUUUUGGAAGAAUAUCGACAAUUGUGUCAGGCUGCAUCUAAAGUGUCUAACAUCUUAACUGAAUUGGAAAAAGAUCACUUACAGAAAUUUGAUGUUACCUGGAACAUUCACAACAAACAUCUUUUUCACUCCAUUGUAUACACAAAUCCUUCUAUUCAAGACCGAUUGCCUGCUGUCCUCAAGCAACUCAGCUCUGCUUCUUGUGAUUCAAAUGUUGUUGAGGCAUAUCCUAGUCUGUCAGAAAGAUGCUGCAAGUUUGGUGAAGAGAUGGAAAAGGUAUCUCUAAUGUGGAAAGGCAGUCAAAAACUCAUAGCAUCAUAUAAUGAGGAACAAAUGCAGGUAAGAACCUUGAUGUCAUCUUUUGAUAGCAGCAACUGUAGCCGUUGUGUCAGGGUUCCAAAAAUAUCUUUUCAGGCUGCACUAAAAAUGAAACAUAAAAUGCUAACUGAGGAUUGGGAAUUCUUCAAGAAGCAAAGAAAAAUGCUGGAGAAACGAACCUCUGAUUCUUCUAAUCCUUUCUUACCUAACAGGUCUCUUUCUAACGCUUGCUAUCUCUUUGCCUGUAGUUGUCCAUGUCAUGAAAGUACAAGUGAAUCUGUCAGCACAUGUUGCUGUCGGCUAUUGAAUGAGAAAUGUGAGAAUGUAAGUCAUCACCAACCAAUAAGUUUGCUGCAUGACCCAAACCACUGUGUGUUGGAUAUUAAUCCGCCUUCCAUAUCCAGCACUACCUCCAGCAGUGGUUCAUCCAGCCCGAUCAUAGAUUCAGAAAGACUACCUGUAACCUUUGGAGAAUGCACGCAGCCAUUUGAAAAUGGUGGUGCAGAGAUGGAGGACAGUCAGACUGAUGAUGAUGACUAUCAGGAGGAAGAAGAAGAAGAGGAGGAGGAGGAGGAAGAGGAUGAUGAUGAUGAAAUUGAGGAGGAAGAUGUAGCUGUGGGGUUGGAAACUACUGAUGAUGUUCUUCCUCCAGUAGCUAAUGGGAAUUUAGAUAUUUCUAUUGUAUCAUGGACAGAUAAGAAACAAAAAACAACAGAGUCGAGUGUAGAUGAAGCAAAGACAGACAAUUGUGAUUAUCAUCAUUACAUCUCUACUAAUCCUGAACAAAUUAUAAAACCUGAUGAUAAUCAGUGUCAGUGUCAUUUUUGUUUGCGUCAACGUGGGAACACUGUAUCAACAUCUCUACCUCAGCAUGUCCCGGUCCUGCCUCGGCCUGCUCACCUCCAUCUUUAUCCUCACAUCCAUGGCCCUUCAGGAUUGCAUGCUUUGCAUGGGAGUGCUGGCUCCACAAGUAGCAGUAGUGCAGCUGCCACCAAUGGCAACACCAAUAGCCCAAGUGCCAAUACCAGUAGCACCAGUGGAAGUGCUGGCCCCAGCAGCAAUAGUGGAACCUCUUCACACACGCGACCCAUCCUUCAGCACCAGUGGGAUGUUGAGGUGCAACUUCAACAAGCUCCUAAACUUAUCAUCUCUCCUCAGUCCAAGUUGUCUUUACCAUUGGAUGGCUUUGGCACUUCUUCGUUAAAUGAUCAUGAACACACUUAUCAGGGAGACUGGGACAAUACCCAAUUUGACCCCAGAUUGCUGCUCAGUCCACACAAGUAUGCCGACAACCUAGGCAAUGAUUUGCUUCCAUGCACUACAUCAUUGGCCAAUAGCUCCUCGCCAUCAUCUGAUUCUGGCCUAUCCUCUCAAGGAACUGUGAUUGAUAACCCUAACCCCACAUUGACUACAAAUCGUGUUUCAUCAGGUCUUGACACUUCUCCUUCAGUUGAGGUCCAAGUCAGGGUACAACAGAAUGAGAUAUCACAGCAGCACCGUCACCACCACCAUCAUCACCACCAGCAGCAGCAGCAGCAGCAACAGCAACAACAAGCUCCUCCUCCUGCCAGCACCAGUUCGUCUUCAUCCUGUUCAUCUUCAACGUCAUCCUCCUCAACGACAGAGACCUGCAGCAAGGCGCACAAGUGGAAUAGCCAGAAUGGCACCUCCAAGAACCAUUCGUGCAAUCGUCCAGCCACCUUGGGGGGUAACAGUUCACCUCACAGUGAAAAGGUCCACACACAAGUUUGUAAGAAGCAUGGUGCUAACUCUACCAGUGGAGAGAUAAGCUCAAGAAAUGGAAGCAUUGUGAAGGAGGAUGCUGCACGCCAGUCUCGCUCUUUUUCUAGCAAUAUGCUCAACCAGUACUCCUGUACACAUGCAAAUAAUAGCAGCAAUAGUAGUAGUGUGCGUAAUGGCACUAAUCAAGUAUAUCAGGGCUCCAGUAAUGUGGAGCCUAGCUUGUGUGUCAAUGCAGUGUCACUGCCAACCACCAUGAAUAAUGUAAGUGUGGGAACAUCGACAGUUUGUACAGAUCCUGAGUGUUUGGUCCAUCAGGAGGACAAUGAAGACAGUGUGGAUGACAGUUGCUCUGAACAAAGUUCUUCAACUUCAGCUUCCAACCAAAAAGAAGGCAAAUACUGUGACUGCUGCUACUGUGAAUUCUUUGGGCAUGGAACUCCUCCAAAAGCACCAACCAGUCAUAAAUUUUAUGAAAUGCGAGAAAAAUUACAGCAAAAGCUAAAGAAGAAGAAAGAAGCAAUGGUACAGAAAAAAGAUGAUGAUGAUCAGAUCCCUGACCCACUUGACCAGAGAGGCCUGGAUGAUUUAGUGCGUUAUAUUAAUGGUUAUGAAGAUUCUAAUUGGGGAGCAAAAUCUACCAACAAUUCUGAGAAACCAAUCAGUGCCAAGGCAGCCAAACGAGCUCGCCAAAAACAGAGAAAGGCUGAGGAAAAAGCUAAGCUUGAAGCCCAACAGUGUGUUAAGAACUGUAUGAAUGAUAUCCAAACACGGGUAAUGGUUAAUUCAACAUCAUGGCAACAAUGUGAGCAGAAAUCCUCCAAAGACCAAGCAGUGAAAGAGACUUUUGAACGGAAAGUGGCUGUGGAUGAUAAAAAAGGCUUGAAAAAUAAAGAUGGAGAUAAACGAUUGGAAGGCUCUUCUUUGGCUGAUCAGAAAUCUGGCAAAAGUAAGCGAAAUAAGAAAAAGAAUAAAACUAAUGAUGCUAACUUUGUUGAAGAUGUCUUCCUUCCUAAAUCUGAAUCUGAUCUUGAAAAUGGUGAGAUGGAUGAGGCUGAAAGAGAAUUGGAAGAAUUUAAAAGGUUCUGUCUGGACUCAACUCAACAAAAGAAAGAUAAAUUGCAAGUGAACGUGAACAUGAACCUCAAGGACAUUUUCAACAAGAAGAAAGGUGUCACCUGCAGCUGA